CACCGCCCACCCAAACCCCCCGCUCCCCGCUCCCCGCUCCCCGCCCCAACCCGUACCCCAAAACCCUUACUCCCCGCCGCGCCGACGCCAUGCUACACUCCGGCCUCUCCAAGUCCCACCCCUUCCCGCUCCUCGCGGCGGCGUCCUCGCCUCGCCGCAUUCUCCUCGCCGGCCUCCUCCGCGCCGGCUACCUCUCCAAGCAUCCGGCCUCAUCACCCGUGCCUCGUCCGGCCUCCACCGCCCGUGCGAGCUCCAGGGCCGCAACCUCCCCGGGCGACCCCUCCCGCUUCGGGCUGGGAGGCAGGGUUUCGUUCUCCACCGCCCCAGAUGGGUCCGCAUCGGCUGGCGGCGGGAGGGCGCUUCCCUGGCUUGCUGCCGAAGCUGGCAACAGCGGCGCCCCCGCUGCGAGGACUAGCGCCGGCCGCUCCUCCUCGUGGGAGAGCUCCGCGGAGAAGUUCUUCUCAAGAGACGACCAAUACACGCAAAGAGAAGUGUCGGGCGACAGGAGGUCGAACAAGGUGGCGAUUAGGGAGGAUGGUGACGAGAAUGAGCCAAUUGACAAUCCCAAAUGGGGAAGGAUUAAGGACAGGUACCGGCAAGCUGUGGGGAGGGAUGGAGGGUCCCGUGGGGAGAGGUUUAGGGGGGAGAGGUUUGACAAGCCACAUGUGAGGCAGUGGAACAACCAGGAGAACUGGGGGAGGAAGACGGGGAAGGAGGCAGGGGAAUCGACGGUGCCUAAGAUGGUGGGGCAAGGGGUUUAUGGUGUUGGGCCAGUGCUUGCAGCGCUCAUGGCUGGGAGGAGGGAGUUUUAUGCAUUGUAUAUGCAGGAAGGUAUGGAUUUGAGCGGGAGUAACAAGAAGAAGAAGGAUAAAAAGGCAGUCGAGAAAGUGCUGCGGAUGGCAGAGAAGAUUAGUCUGAAGGUCAUCGAGACGUCGAAGCAUGACCUUAACAUGGUGGUGGAUAACCGGCCACACCAAGGCCUGGUGCUUGAUGCAUCACCCCUGGAAAUGGUGAAUAUGAAGGAGUUGGAUCCAGUCAGGUUGGAAGGUGGAAAAGCACCUGUCUGGAUAGCCUUGGAUGAGGUUAUGGAUCCUCAGAAUUUAGGAGCCAUAAUUAGGUCUGCCUACUACUUUGGUGCUGAGGGGGUCGUGCUGUGUGCUAAGAAUUCGGCUCCAUUGAGUGGAGUUGUGAGCAAAGCUAGUGCAGGCUCGCUUGAGUUGAUCGAGCUGCUUUCCUGCAGAAACAUGAUGCAUUUCUUGUCUUCAUCAGCUGAAAAUGGGUGGCGAGUUCUUGGUGGUACCAUUGCUAACAAAGCUGUACCUCUUUCUGAAGUUCAAACAGGGGUGCCAACUAUUCUUGUAUUGGGCAGUGAAGGUACUGGUUUGAGACCCCUGGUUGAGCGAUCCUGCACACAUCUGGUCAGAAUUCCUGGAAAUGCUGGUGCAUUUGUUGAAGGAGCAGAUGCAGACACAGAUGAAGGGGAAGAAGGUGAUAGCUCUUCUAGUAAUCAAGAUUUGAGAUCGUUCCUUGCGGUGGAGAGUCUGAAUGUUAGUGUCGCAGCAGGAGUUUUGCUUUAUCAUCUGGCUGGAAAACAUGCCUGCCCCGUAAGUGAUACAUCUAGCGUUGCUCAAAUGUAAGGAUACUUUGUGAUCCAUGCAUAUCAAAGUUAUUACAAUUGCCCAAUUUAGUGCUUCUGCUAAAGACUAUAAUUUCUGUUGCAUGCUUUAAUUCUUCUGUUUCAUUAUAAAACUUCUUAGAUAGUCUUGAUAAUUUCUCAAUUCUUUGAGAAAUACAUUAUCUGUAUUCUCAUCAGGCUUAGUGCCUUAGGGGGGCUUUGUACUAGCAUUCUACACUGGUCAGUAACUCUGUAUCUUAUGUUGGUAGGAAAAAAGAAAUCAACUGAGAUGAUUUAUUGCUAA